AUGACGGAUAUUGCGGUACCGGGAAAAGAGGUGUUUUCGGAAAAGAAAAAGAAGAAAAAUAAGGAUGCUGUUUCUUUGGGCACGUUUCAGAAGAUUGGCGAUUUCAAAAUUGAGCCCUCCGAAAGUGUUGGUAAGAUAGAUACAGCUUACUGGCCUUUAUUAUUGAAAAACUUUGACCGUCUCAACGUGCGUACUAACCAUUACACACCUUUACCGUUUGGACAUUCACCGCUUAAGAGACCUAUUUCGGAGUACGUCAAGUCUGGCUUUAUUAACGUUGAUAAACCUAGCAAUCCCAGUUCACACGAAGUUGUGUCUUGGAUAAAACGGAUCUUGAAAGUGGAGAAAACAGGUCACUCAGGCACACUUGAUCCCAAGGUCACGGGUUGCUUAAUCGUAUGCAUUGACAAAGCUACACGUCUUGUAAAAUCUCAACAGAAUGCUGGUAAGGAGUAUGUAGCAGUAUUUAACCUCCAUUCUGCUGUGGAGAGUAUUAAAAAAGUAACACAAGGCUUGGAGAAGCUUCGGGGUGCACUGUUCCAGAGACCUCCACUUAUAUCAGCUGUUAAACGUCAACUUCGUGUGCGUACUGUAUAUGACAGUAAAUUAUUAGCCUAUGAUGAAGAAAAAAAUGUUGGAGUUUUUUGGGUUAGUUGUGAGGCUGGUUCCUACAUCCGUACAAUGUGUGUUCAUUUGGGUCUCAUGCUUGGUGUUGGUGGUCAGAUGAUCGAGCUUAGACGUGUAAGAUCAGGUAUACAGGGUGAAAAGGAAGGCAUGGUUACUAUGCAUGAUAUCUUAGAUGCCCAAUGGGCUUAUGAAAACCAUAAAGAUGAAACUUAUCUCCGCCGGGUUAUAAAUCCUUUAGAAGGCCUAUUAAUUGCUCACAAGAGGAUUUUUAUUAAAGAUAGUGCAGUCAAUGCAGUAUGCUAUGGUGCUAAGGUGUUACUGCCUGGUAUUUUGAGAUAUGAAGAUGGGAUAGAAAUAGAUCAAGAGAUUGUCAUUGUAACAACAAAAGGAGAAGCUGUAGCCCUUGCCAUUGCUCUGAUGACAACAUCCACAAUAGCAUCAUGUGAUCAUGGUGUUGCAGCUAAACUUAAACGUGUUAUCAUGGAAAGAGAUACUUAUCCAAGAAAAUGGGGCUUAGGUCCUAAAGCGUCACACAAGAAAAUGCUCAUUCAGCAAGGCAAGCUUGAUAAACAUGGAAAACCCAAUGAAAACACUCCUAAAGAGUUUCUUAACAGUUAUGUGAGUUAUGAUAAAAAAGAAAAUGGUAGUGCAGAUGUCGAGGAUGAUGGAAGUAGAAAACGUACAGCAAGUACGGCUGAAAUAGUUAACCAAGAUGACUCUAUGGAAGCUAAAGCUGAAAAGAAAAAGAAAAAAAAGAAGAAGGAUUUAGAGAGCACCGUUGAUGCUGACACAACAGUUGAUGCAGACACAACUGUAGAACAGGCAGAUGGAGAUGCAGGUGAAGAAUCUAGCAAAAAACAAAAGAAGAAAAAGAAGAAGAAGGAAAAAGAACAAGAGAGGGAGGAAGAAUGA